AACAACAAUCGGCGAUGAUGUCAGUCUCGUUCUCCUCCUCCUCCGACUGCUUCUCCGACGACCUACUUUGCGGCGAGGACUCCUCCGAAAUCUUAUCGGACGACUCGCCGGAAUGCUACUACCUCGAAUCGCCGGCCGAUAUCGAAGAAUCCAUCGCCGGAUUCAUCGAAGACGAGAGGAACUACGUGCCUGGAAUCGACUAUCUCGAAAGGUUUCAAUCUCAGCCGUUGGAUGCUUCGGCUCGAGCAAGAUCUGUUGCUUGGAUUCUCAAGGUGCAAGCUUACUAUGGAUUCCAGCCGUUAACGGCGUAUCUCUCCGUCAACUACUUAGAUCGUUUCAUGUAUUCUCGCCGUCUGCCGGUAAUUUUUCGUCAAAUAUACCAAAAAAAUUGUUUUUCUUUCUAA